AUGGACUGGACAGGUAUAUGCGGAUUCGGCAGUGUCAUUUCGGCUUUUUUGAAGGGAUACUCAUCAAUACCGAAAAUGUCAAGUUUCUUGUGUUGGGCUUUAGACAGUUUGCUCUCAUCUUUUGGAAUCAGUCUUACGGCGUGUCGGGGUUAUACAAGGCUAACUGCAACUAUGCAGUGCAUGCAGCAAUUACGGAAAAUUAAACUCACCUUGGGAGUCCAGAAUCGUUAUCUGACAGAAGAGAAUAGGCGACUCAAAAUGUACGUCGCUUUUAUGUUCGCACUGGGUGUGGCUGUGAUGUCUAGCAACAACAGGUUAAUCAACCAUGGAGGAUUUAGUUUCAAAGGAUCGAUUCUGACCUGCUGCUAUGAAUACAUCUGUGUGCUGCUCAUACUUCAAGGGACACAGUUUACUUUCUGUGUCUACGAAAUCAUUACGGUGCUCAAGACUUUGAACGAUAGUCUGGAUAAAAUGAGAUACUUGAAGAGACAAGAAAUCUUCGUCGUAGGCCACAACCUCAUUAAAUCUAUUUCAAAAUCAUUAGAAGUGAUGACACACUGCUACGAUGAAAUCUGCACUGUAAUACGAAAACUGGAAAGGGCUAGUAGUGUAACGCUAAUCUUUAUGUUAGGCGUGUUGACUAUGCGUUUCGUCAUCAAACCCUUUCUCAUCGUAAGAAACUUCUUUACUUCGGAUAUUGAAGCGACUGAUUCAACACUGGUACUGUCAUACUGGAUGGUUAUGUACUUCCUGGGCAUUUUGAUGGUACUGGAACCUUGUCACAUAACCCAAGCAGAGGCGAAACGCACAGGAGUCAUUCUGAGUAUGUUGGCGAACAUGUUCACAGACACGAACAUCUCCAGGAAGCUGUUCAAUUUCUCUCGAUAUAUAGGCCUCAAUGAAGUCCGCUAUUGUCCUAUGGGAAUAUGCCUCCUAUCGCGUUCGCUACUGAAUACGAUCCUGGGCAGCUCUUUUACAUAUCUUAUCAUCAUUAUCCAGUUCCAGAGCUAUGAAUAA